GGCGCUGAGCGCUGGGAGCCGAGAAAGCUGAGUAGCGCAUCGCCCACCGAGAGAAGUGGAGGCUGAGGGUUGCGUAGCCCCAGCCCGCCCGCCAGCGUCCACAUCAUCCCCGCACCCUUACCCCUGGUCGCCCUUGCCGGGCGCUACCCCAGCCAUGCAUCCCCAGGGCUGAGGCGGCCCCAUGGCGAAGCCCUCGUCUCAGCGGUCCCGGCGACUACAGCGCAUGGAGAACUUCCGUAAGGUGCGCUCCGAGGAGGCGCCGGCAGGGGGCGAGGCCGAAGGGGGCGGCCCGGGCUCCGGCCCCUUCGCCGAUCUGGCGCCUGGCGCGGUGCACAUGCGGGUCAAGGAAGGGAGCAAGAUCCGGAACCUGCUGGCCUUUGCCGCCGCCAGCAUGGCGCAGCCAUCCACUCGCGCCAUCGUCUUCAGUGGCUGCGGCCGGGCCACCACCAAGACCGUCACGUGCGCGGAGAUCCUCAAGCGCCGCCUGGCGGGCCUGCACCAGGUCACGCGGUUGCGCUACCGGAGCGUGCGCGAGGUGUGGCAGAGUCUCCCGCCCGGGCCCACACCGGGUCAACCGCCAGGCGAGCCAGCCGCCAGUCUCAGUGUACUCAAGAACGUGCCGGGCCUUGCCAUCCUACUUUCCAAGGACGCGCUAGAUCCGUGCCAACCCGGCUACCAGCCCCCUAACCCUCAUCCCGGCCCUUUGGCCCCGCCGGCUGCGCCGAUGCCCAAGAGGAGCCUAGGGGAGCCAGCAGCAGGAGAAGGCUCCGCGAAACGGUUGCAACCUGAGCCAGGGUCUGCGGACGAGGACCAGACGGUCUGAGAACUUCGAGCUCCUGGCUAGACGGAAUGGAUCCUACCCCCGGCGCCUCCACCUUCAGACACACCUCCAACCUUUCCCGCCUCGGCCCUCUGGAGCCCACAGCCUGGAAGCAGACCCUCAGACUGGUAGCAUGGACCCUAAGGCGACAAGAAAGGGGACCCAGGAGAAGCAGGAGAGGAUCCCCGACGACCCCAGGGAAGCUUCCUGGGGUAGUUGCCCCUCUGCCUGUGUUGCCUGAUUGAACACGUGGGACCCCACCUUCAGCUUUCCUGGGACCUUCUUUAGGGAGGGAAUCGCGGGUAGUUGGACUUUUGAGCCUUUCUCUGGACCCCCAAGGGUUAAAGGCACUCAGCAUUCUUGAAGGGAGUCAAAGGAAGUUCUUGGAGUCAGUCCCACCCUUGGCAGAGGAGGGAAGGGGGUAAGAAACUGAUUGCUUGAGGGUAGGCAAGUGUGGGAUUGUGUGCAGCCCCUGUUCUGCCAUCCCCCCCCCCCAACCCCCACAAUUUUCCUUCUAGUUUGCUUCCCCUGCUUCCAAGGAGCACCCUGAGAUCGUGGUGGCAAGAGUGUCUCCCCAUGGGCUCUAGCUCUGUUACAUGCUGUCUCGGAGGGAAAGACCCAGGACAGAAUUCUCCACGUCUCUUCCCCCAACCCUCGCAGCUGGAGUCUUGCUUUCAAUAAAA